AUGCAGAUCUUCGUCAAGACCCUCACCGGCAAGACCAUCACCCUUGAGGUCGAGUCGUCCGACACUAUCGACAACGUUAAGAGCAAGAUCCAGGACAAAGAGGGUAUUCCUCCCGACCAGCAACGCCUGAUUUUCGCGGGCAAGCAAUUGGAGGAUGGUCGCACCCUUUCCGAUUACAACAUCCAGAAGGAGUCCACCCUUCAUCUCGUCCUCCGCCUUCGUGGUGGUAUGCAAAUUUUCGUCAAGACCCUCACCGGCAAGACCAUCACCCUCGAGGUUGAGUCCUCCGAUACCAUCGACAAUGUGAAGAGCAAGAUCCAGGACAAGGAAGGCAUUCCCCCUGACCAGCAGCGUCUGAUCUUUGCUGGAAAGCAACUCGAGGAUGGCCGCACUCUCUCCGAUUACAACAUUCAGAAGGAGUCGACCCUGCAUUUGGUGCUCCGUCUCCGUGGUGGUAUGCAAAUUUUCGUCAAGACCCUGACAGGAAAGACUAUCACUCUGGAAGUCGAGUCUUCAGACACCAUCGACAAUGUCAAGUCGAAGAUUCAAGACAAGGAGGGCAUCCCACCUGAUCAACAACGUCUUAUUUUUGCUGGUAAGCAAUUAGAGGACGGUCGUACAUUGAGCGACUACAACAUCCAAAAGGAGUCGACUCUUCACUUGGUGCUCCGUCUACGUGGUGGUAUGCAGAUCUUCGUCAAGACCCUGACUGGCAAGACCAUUACGUUGGAGGUUGAGUCAUCGGAUACGAUUGACAACGUCAAGUCGAAGAUUCAAGACAAGGAGGGUAUCCCACCCGACCAACAGCGAUUGAUUUUUGCUGGUAAGCAAUUGGAGGAUGGCCGUACAUUGAGCGACUACAACAUCCAAAAGGAGUCGACUCUUCAUUUGGUGUUGCGUCUUCGUGGGGGUCAAUAA